AUGUUCGACGAGAUUCGAUACGAGCUCGACGGUGUGAAGAUUAAUCGCAACAGAAACAUCGAAAUAACCAGCUCGCUCAAGAAUUACGUAACUAUGUCAAGUGACAGAAUUAUGAUCGCAAGUAACGCGGACUGGGAUCCAUGGAAUUCUCCAAAUGGAUACUUUAAUUUUUGUGUACCGCUCAACAUGCUGCUGAGAUUUUGCAAAGAUUACAGACGCGUUGUGAUUAACGCUCGUCACGAGUUGAUCGUGUCACGAUGCUGCGUGCUCUGGAAAGCGGGCGAUACCUCAGCAUGGCUUUUCACUCGUGGGAUCUUGUACGAGUUUCCGCUGUUGCAGCGCACGACUAAACAUUUGUGGGCCAUCAAGGCUGCUACUCAGCUCGAGAAGCCGCGGUACGUCGUCUUCGCUCUGCAAGCUGAUCGGAAGAACGUCAUGCUCGAGGAUACGAGCCGAUUCGAUCAUUGCAAACUGACCAACGUAAAACUGUAUCUAAAUUCGGAAUGUUAUCCAUACGACGAUAUGAAUCUAGAUUUCGAUAAAAACAGAUGGUCGAUUAUCUACGACACGUACGUACGUUUCUGUAAAAAUUAUUACGGGUACGAUUAUCUCGAGCCGAAUCAAACUGUCGCGAAUUUUUGGCAAAAAGAUCCGUUCGUAAUUAUCGAUUGCUCUCGACAAAAUAAAUCGAUCAAGAGUGCAACCGUGGACAUGCGCAUAGAAUUCGAGUGUAAGGAGAACGUGCCCGCAAGUACCACCGCGUACUGCCUCAUCAUACACGAUCGCGUGGUUCAGUACAAUCCAUUAACCAAUGUUGUGCGCAAAAUUACCUUAGUCGCAAUGGCACUCUUUUAA